AAUAAAAAUUCUACGGCAGUGAAAUCUUCUUGCUCCUAUUUUCUUGCUUUUUAAACCUUUUCUUCUUCUUUUCUCAAUACUUUUUUUCCCUUUUCGUAGAGAGCUCACAAAAUUCCCGAAUUUCAUUUUGAUCAACCUCUUUUCUAGUUCUUCUUCCUCUUUCUUCUUCAUAAAAAAAACUAUUACAUUUCUACAUUAUUCUUGAACAUCUCGAAGAUCUUUAAUUUAUCAGAAGAAGGAAGAGGCUAGAGUAUCAUUUUUUUCUUUUAAAUAUCAAUCGAGGUUUCAAUUUGCAUUUCGAUCUUCUUUAUUUUCCAUACUUUUAAUUUUAAUUCUACAAAACCUAAAAAAAUCCUGGUGGCAAAAUGUCGAUCGGAGAGAGAUCGCCGAGGAGGAAAGUGAAGUUCAUGUGCAGUUUCGGCGGCAAAAUCCUCCCUAGACCAUCCGACGGCGUUCUCAAAUACGUCGGCGGUGAGACUCGCGUCAUCGCCAUCUCUCCUGACAUCUCAUUCUCCGAACUUACAAAGAAACUCACGGAAAUCACAGAGAACGACAUCGUCCUCAAAUACCAAAUCAUCCCAGAAGAUCUCGAUGCGUUAGUCUCCGUAAAGUCCGACGAAGAUCUGAAACACAUGAUCGAGGAAUAUAACCGUCACGAAACUCCGAAACUGAGAACAUUCUUGUUCCCAGCGAAUCCAAUAAUCCUCGAGAAUCAAUUAGGUCCAGUAGAGCUACAAUCGAUUGAGCAACGAUACAUCGACGCAAUCAAUGGCAUUCUUCGCAAGAGUGUUCGUGCUCCAAUCAAAACUCGACCUUCUUUCACCGUCUCUGCUUGCUCAUCUCCUAGAUCAGAAUCAUCACCUGAUGGAUACAAUCAUGAACAGCUUGAAAUUGGUAGCUACCAAUUAAGCCGGCUUUAUCCGAUGCAUAGAGUUCAAAGCAGUCCUAACAUCUCUCAACAGUCGCAGCCAGAGAGCUAUCAGAAUCAUCACCAUAAUGCUUACUUUCAGCCACCUAACUACUUAACUUGUAGGCUGCGACCUUCAUCAGAGUUCCCAAGAGGCGGCGGAUGGGAUCCGCCGGGUCAAGCGGGUGGCAGUAAUGGGAAGUGCGGGUGCAAUGAGGAAAGAAGAUAUUGGGGACGAGCAAGUAGUGUUCCUCAGAGUCCUAAGAACUAUGGACUUCGUCUCUGAUAUUGAUUCGUAGCAUUUGCAAUCAUUUGUGUAUACAUUUGGUUUUUUGUUUUGUUGUACAGUUUUAACUCUGUAGGUGUAUAACGUGCUUGAAAUGCUUCUGGAGAAUGUUUAGUAAUCAGUGGAAAGGCUGCAAGAUAAGAGGUUUGGUUUUAUUGUACAUGUUUUAUAAAUCUGAGGAGAACAUUGGCUUCACUUAUUUGUUUUGAAGACAAAAUUUGACUCUUUCCAUUCAUUUACUGCUUAUAAAAAUCAUGGACACAUCCCACGAAUAAUUGCUGUAUGAAUCUGCAUCACUUCUUGGUUAUGAGAUGCUAUUACGUC